AUGGCCUGGGAACUGCUGCAAAUGUCUUUCUACGACGGUACAGCAGAGCUGGCUACUCGGAAUGGCUUUCUGGAUGUGCGUGUCCACGCCGUCGACACGGAACCAGCCCACCGGCGGGCGCAGAGCGCUCCACCUCGUUCGACUGGACUGUCACCAGGUGGUGAAGACUGUGAAGAAGAAGAAGCAGGAAAGCCAAUCUCUCGCGAGAUCAGCAACGGCACCGCGAGCACAGACUGCCAGUGGCUCGAUGCGCCGCAUGAGGAAUUCGACAGGCAGACAACCCAACAGAGCACGGUGGGCGCGAUGAGCACAUGCAGUCAAGACAGCAUGACAGACUCACCAACAGUGGCAUCCCGGAACGAAAAGAGCGGGGAUUUGGCAUCGGUCCACACUGUCAUGAUCAAGAACAUCCCGUGCCGCUGCGACGCAAGUGAGGUGCUCCGUGCCGUCGAUUCCUUGGGUUUCAAGGGCAUGUACAACUUUUUCUACCUCCCCAUGAAUCGGCGCCAUCGUCAGGGAAUCGGUUACGCUUUUAUCAACUUUCGGGUGCUGGGAACUGCCGAGCACUUCAAAAAGGCCAUAUGCGGCUACCGUUUCCCCGGCCGCCGGAGCACUAAGCCGGCAGCCUUCGACAUUUCAGAUGCCAAGAUUUCGCAUGCACCGUCUGGCCUCGCCUCCAGCACCCUCUCCCGCCACUUGCAACUGACGGAGUUUACGCAGGUCUUCUGCUCAAGGUUGCUUCAGUUUGUGGGCCGCGAUCUAGGAGACAUGUUCCGGGGCGGGCUUCCUCGUGAUUGCACCUGGAAGGGGGACGAAGCAGGUGGAAACGGCAGGAGGAGAGGCGAUGGACAUGCCGACUGGGCGGGAGGGGAAGGUGUGUGCCAGGGCAAGGGCAAAGCUUCCAGGGGUCUAGAGAUGUUGGGGCAUGUUCGCCUUGGAGUUCGUAUCGAAUCAGGUCGCAACGUCGCCAGAGGCGACGGCGCCUGCUCAGGCCGCCUAGGCGCAGAGGAAAGCCACAUCCUCCGCCUCCGCGACUACGAGCGAGAUCUUCAGGCGGCGGCACGCUUUUGUAGAGGCGCCCUCACCGUGGCUGCAGGCUCCCCCGACCUCCAGUCGUGGGCACAGGAGUACUGUUUCAUGAUGCUUCAUGAUGUUGCAUGGUUCGUGUUUGUCGAGAUGUAUUUACUUGCCGCAGGAUUUGCGAAUGCGAGAGGCGACCUGCAGAGCCCGCACUCGUUUUGGUUGAAGAGCUUGAACCAACAUCUUGGAAGAGAAGAAGGUUGCGAUUUGUCCAUGGCUAGGCUGUUCCAUGCCGGCGCGGACGUCACAGUCUACGAGGCAGCAAGUGCUCUGAGGGAGAUCGGAGCUGGGAUCAACGUGCAGGCUGUCGCGGUAGGUGCCUUGAUCGACCUCGGCAUCCCCUUGGAGAAGUUCCAUGACCAGGAGCAAGGAGAUAGCAUCCUGACGUCCUCCGUGGAGUACUUUACCAGUGACGGUGUCUUCAUUGCUUCCGAAGCCGUGGGGCGCAAGGCUGGUGCACCGCACCCGCAGCUGUCGGCCCACCGAGCAAAGUUUCACAGCACCCUCGUCGCCGAAUGCCGCCGGCUAUUGGGAGAGGAGAAGCUCAUUCUCAACCACAGCUUCGUGAGUUUCGAGCAGAUGGAGGAUGGCAGGCUCUCGCUGCAGUUCGAAAGCACCGAUGCGCAGCAGGCAUUGCCUCCAGUUGAUUGUGACUUCCUGGUCGCCGCGGACGGUCUCAAGAGCCGAGUGCGUGCUUCGCUCUUGGGCUCCGCCGAGCCCAGGUAUACAGGCAGGACCAUUUACCGCGGCCUUUGUGAGGUCGAUUCAGUCAGCGGAGAUGGCCGUACUGUGUCACUCUGCGGCGACCAGAACUGCAAUUUCAUCUGCUAUCCGAUCAGUGAAAAGCUAAGGGCACAAGGGCGCUUUCACUGCAAUUGGGGCUUUUGCACCCUGAGGCCGCAUCCUGGCGGCGUGGAGAGUUGGACGUCCUUGGCCAAGCUCGAGGACAUCCGAGAGGAGCUUGAGCGAAUGGGUGCCAACAGCUUCGCUGGACUUUCACCUUUGCAAAUGGCGGAGAGGAGCGACAGCAUCAUCGGCUGGGCGCUUUUCGAUCGAGAUCCCUUGGAGACCUUCGACUUCGGAAACGUAACUUUGCUUGGUGACGCCGCCCACCCAUUGUUGCCAUAUGGUAGCCAAGGCGCCACUCAGGCCAUCAUGGAUGCCGAAGCUCUGGGAGUUUGCUACCAGAACGCCAUGCAGAGUGGAACAGGAGCUGCUUUGUUUGGCCGUGUCCGGCGAAUGACUGAGAAGCCCGCGACGGUGUCGAUCUACAGCGGGUCCGCAGCCAGGUCAUGUCCCUAUGGCCACAGUGUUUGGGAUGCAGUCGGGAGCAGUGCCUGCAGAAGAGGGCUUUUCUUCGACGACCAGGCAGUCAUGAUGGAAGAGUCUUCCCCUGGCCAUGUGCAUCUGUUUCCGGCGCAACACGAGAGUAAGGAGCACCUGCCCCAGCCGCGACGGCCCUUGCGUUUUGGCCGGGCAGCCCCAUCCCUACCCGACUCCGUGACUACUUGGGGUCAUUCUGUACAUUGCCCUGUCGCCGAGCUCGCUCGCCGAGGAGUCUGCCUGCCACCUCGGGCUCCAAAUGUAAAGCUGGCCGUGGUUGUCCUGCCGCAGGACCCCAAUGGCCGCCUAUUGAUCACGCAACGCUCCGCACACAUGCGAACGUUUCCAAGAUGCUGGGUCUUUCCUGGCGGAGGCGUCGAUGAGGGCGAGCUGCUGUUUGCGGCAGGGAGGCGAGAGCUCUAUGAGGAAACAGGGCUCACUGUCGACCAUGCAUCGAUGCAGCUGCUUUGUUUCUGGGAGAGCGUCUUUCCCACCUCUGCCGACGGCUGCGUGGAGGCAGGACAAGUGAAGGGUCACUCUGUGACGGCCUUCGUCAAGGCCUUGGUGGAGCCGGCGAAGGCUGAGGCCUUGGCGUUGCAAAGCUCUGAGUGCGAGCGCUGCGCCUGGGUUCCUUUGUCAUGGCUAAUGGAGCUGCACGGCCCCAGCGCUUUCGAGCCGCGCCAGAGCGCCGCCUCGGAGGUGCCAGCGGCUCUGCCAGCGCUGCCAGGGUGGCAAGUGGUGAGGAACGCAGACGGGGACACGCAACCGCUCGACUUAGCAACAUGCCGAAUCGAAGCUUCUCAGCUACAGGGCAUCUACCCCAAUGCCAUCGGGGAAGGUGUCGGCCAGGGGCACCUCUACGCCCUCAGCAUGCUGUCAGAGGAGACUUCCGAAGUCUCGAACCUUUGA